AUGGCCGAUUCCUCGUUACAAGAUCGCUUGCGCGAUCAUGCCAAGGCAUUUGAUGCUCUCCUGAGCCUUAUUCCAGCCAAGAUGUAUUACGGAGAUGACAAAGCUAGUCAAUGGAAUUCAAAGAAACAGACCAAAGAGGAAGCGUCAGCUGCCAGAAGACGAAAGCUCGAUCCUGAUAGUGAACUGAACCGAAAUGUCAAACAAGUCAUGGACGAGCGUGCCAAGAAUAAGAGAAAGCUCAAAGAGUUGGAGAGCCAAGAACAGGAGGAGGCAGUCAAUGGUAGUGACGACGACGACGACGACGACGACUCAUAUAAAGCCGUCGAGGGAGUGGAGCCCGAGAAGCCAGGCGAGGGCCUGAAGAGGAAAGCGGCUGAAAGUAAUAAGAAGCCAAAACUCACGGCCGAGGUCAGCGACCAAAUUGCGACAUCGGAAUCGAUAGAACCGAAACCGACACUGUCCAAGAAGGAGGCUAAGCGAGAAGCCAAGCGGGAGAAAAAGGCCGAAAAGAAAGCCAAAAAGCAAAGUUUGCCACAGAACUCCCGGAGCUCCCCACCCGUCGCAGAGCUGGAUAGCCACCACGAGGCCAAAGAAGCAGAGGACAAGGGCAGCAAGCGACCGCUCGACGUCUCUGCCCAGGUAGAAAAACUCGACGCAGCUUCUGUUUCCGGUCUCGAAUCUGAGCCACAGUCGCCCACGUUCGACACGAGCCAUGUCAAGGAAGCCUCGGCCGAGCAGGCCAGCACGACCACCUCCGUCUCGUCAACCGUCACGCCGUCUGAAAAACCGAGGCACAUCAAGAUUCCCGCAGACACCUCGGCUAUCCGGGCUCGAGUCGCGGCCAGGAUCGAGGCUCUUCGAGCUGCGAGGAAGGCAGACCGUCCGCAAACCCGACAGCAGCUUCUCGAAGAACGACGCGCGAAGCAGGCGCAGAAGGCGGAACGUAAGAAGGAAGAGAAGAAAAAGGCCAGGCAAGAAGCCGCGCGGCUUCGGGAAGAGGCUCUGGCCUCGAAUUCCCCAGGCGUGAUGAGUCCCACGGUGGAAGUCGACGCCAACUCUGCGGGGGGGUUCUCCUUUGGUCGUGUAGCUUUCGGGGACGGCUCUCGCAUGUCGCAUGACCUCAGCUACGUGCUCAACCAAGGCAAGAAGAAGGGCCCGUCAGAUGUCAAGACGGCGCUUCUCAAGGUGCAGAACCAGCAAAAGAGACUGCAAGAAAUGGAGCCCGAGAAGCGGGCCGAAGUGGUGGAGAAGGAGGCUUGGCUGACGGCACGAAGACGGGCCGAAGGCGAGAAAAUCCUCGACAGCGAGAGUCGCUUGAAGAAGGCCAAGAAUCGCAAAGAGGCGGCCGACCGGAAGAGCAAAAAGGAGUGGAGAGACCGCGCAAAGGGCGUCGAGCAGGCCCAGAAGGAGCGACAAAAGAAGCGCGAGGAGAACAUCCGGAAGCGCAGAGAAGACAAGCUCCUCGGCAAGGCUGGCAAGAAGAAGAAGAAGGGCGGACGUCCAGGCUUCGAAGGGAGUUUCGGGGCCGUCCGUAGUCAAAAGUGA